AGAGAGCCCUAACAGUGAGAGAGAAUUUCCGCGAAGAGGGAAAAUUUAGCAGGACAAGCUUUCGUUCGAAAAUCUAUUUAAGCAACACAGCUCGCAGCGUAAAAGUCGUAAAAUGUUUUCACUUGUGCCGCAGCAUCCGAUUGCCAUUAAAGGAAAUAUAAAUUAAAACCCUUAAAAAAAAAGUGAAAAUGUUCUGUCUUUCGAAGAACAUUUAUAAUUUUUAACCAGAAUAAUAUCCUUCACAACCCUGCCAGCAACCGAUGGUUUUGUGCGCCGGAGCAAAGCUUCCGCAGCCGUCGAGUCGAGAGCAUUACGGAUGCGACAGGACGAAAGUGCGGUCCAAAUUACGGUAGUGAAAAAAUUGUGGGGCGCCGCUGAAAUUUGUGCAAUUAUAGCUAACGAAACGCAAAGGAUCUGUGUGCUGUGUGCUCUGCGGUGACUGAUGAUUAAUAACCGACCGUUCGAGAUUCUCGUCCUGUUUUCAGCGGAAAGGAUGUGUAUGUGUGCGGGCUUUACAUAAUGGAACAAUUCAAAUGAAGGACACGAAAGUACGAGCGCAGCGCGAUGGCGCCCGUCACCCGCAGCAGCAGUGGCACCAUAAUCCUUGAGAGCAGCGCCGCCCGAUGAAGGAUUGCAGCAUGGAACGCACGGGCACAUGCACAUGCACACCUACUACGUUCACUGGCAGCAUAAAUAACGCAAGGACAUGGACGGCGCAACGAACGCGACGAGGACAAAGGCCCACGGCCUGUGACAGAAAUAAACGCCACCACCUCCUCGCCGAAAGCUAACCGACUCGAACGAACACCCAGCACUUCCCCCCUCCCCGAGUGAUAUUAUUUUUAAUGCAAUCAAAGUGCUAAGUGAGUUUGCCAAAAAGAAAAAGAAAAUCAGAAGAGACCAAAAACUAGAACCGAGUGAAAGUCGCGUCCUAACCCAAUUUGGGAAGUUCGUCCUUUGCGAGCGACUCGACGGGAUUCAUAUGGACGACGGCAGGUGCAGGCCGGUUAGCCAGGUGAGCAGCCAGGAUAACUGCAAACUCUGCAAACUGUACCGCAAACGGAGGCGACGCCACUGAACCAACGAUCAACCACCCAAUACUCGCCUAAAUGAAGAAUGAAGAAACAAAAUGUGCGCACGAUAUCCUUGAUCGUGUGUACAUUUACCUAUUUGCUUGUCGGCGCCGCCGUCUUUGACGCCCUCGAAUCGGAAACGGAAAAGCGUCGUUGGGAGGCGCUGCAAGAUGCCGAGGACAUGAUAAUACGCAAAUACAAUAUCUCAAUGGAGGACUUCAAAGUCAUGGAGACUGUGGUGCUCAAAUCGGAAUCGCACAAGGCCGGCCAGCAGUGGAAAUUCACCGGUGCAUUUUAUUAUGCAACCACGGUGCUAACCACCAUAGGCUACGGACACUCAACGCCCAGUACGGUGGGCGGGAAGCUCUUCACGAUGUGCUAUGCCAUUGUGGGGAUUCCCCUGGGUCUCGUUAUGUUCCAGAGCAUCGGAGAAAGAGUGAAUAGACUGAGCAGCUAUGUUAUCAAAGCGGUCCGCUCCUCGCUGCGCUGCAAAAGGACCGUCGCCUCGGAGGUGGACCUCAUAUGUGUUGUGACCACACUCAGUUCGCUGACGAUAGCAGGCGGUGCUGCGGCCUUUUCGAAAUUCGAGGGCUGGAGCUACUUCGAUUCAGUAUAUUACUGUUUUAUUACUUUAACCACAAUAGGAUUUGGCGACAUGGUAGCCCUGCAGCGGGACAAUGCACUGAACAGGAAGCCCGAAUACGUGAUGUUCGCACUGAUAUUUAUACUAUUUGGCCUGGCCAUCGUGGCCGCCUCGCUGAACUUGUUAGUACUUAGGUUUGUUACAAUGAAUACCGAGGAUGAGCGACGCGACGAGGCCCAGGCCAUGCAGGCGCUGCAAGUGGCUGUGAAGCUGGAGGGCGAUGUGAUAACAUCCAACGGAUCCAUUCUGAGCGGCUACGAGGGACACGACGGCCAGUCUCUGAACGGAAGCAACACCUCGUCCAUGUGCUCGUGCCAUUGCAUGUGCCUCAAAGGCAACCGACAUAAAAAAAGUAACCACUUGGAAAAGAACAACGAUGCAGAAAAUCAAUACAAAUUGAGGCGAUCGCCCACACACAUCCGACACCUUCUGCCCGAGGUGGUGCCCAUGCAGGAUUUGAACUACGACUACGACACCCAGAGCCUGCACACUCUGGCCGACCGCGGGACCAUGGACAGCAGCUACAUGGGCGUGGACAUGGUGGACAUGGGGGAUACGGCGAGCUUGGAGCUGCGACCGCACACACUGCUGAAGCGCAAUGUCUCACUUUUAUCCAUUCGCAUCUAGGAGGAUCUAGGAGUUGGGCAGGAGGCGCUAUUUAGAUAUAUUUGGUGGAGGAUCUGCGGGUUGCUGGAACAACGAAGUGGCGGCCCCAGCCCUCGCCAAAAACGACUUACAAAUCGAAAGUGAUAACAAGGCUCUAAUAGUACUUAAAAACUUAUAUAGAUUCGCAACUGAAUGUAGGACACGACGAUUGAGCGUUUGGAUAACGAUAAUGAUAAUGAGCAUUUUAUGUAGGCUCCCCCGCGAUAUGAUAUGAUAUGAUAUGCCAUGUGUGUGCAUUUACAAUGUGAACUAGUGCAUAAAAAUCUAUACAACAUGUAGUCAGUCGGCAGGAUAGAGACUAAACCUAUAUAUACAACACUUACAACUAGGGCACUAUACAAUUGAUUGUAAACCACUGCCAUUUCCGAGCGAUAGAACCUAGAAGCGAUGCGAAAGAUUAUGAAACGGCAACCAACCACUCACUUGUAGUCUUUCUAUUUUAACACUAACAUCCAAUCAUCCGUAGCCUUAAAUAGACCGAUUCCGAUGAUAACCUCGAGCCAAAAUCAACCAGGGUAUUACUACGUUUAUAGGCCCAGCUAUUUGUAAAAUAAUUUAUUUCACUCUAGAUCUAUAUUAUAUCAUAGACAGGGUCAUGAAAAUCGUAAUAGCCAGUUU